AUGAACAAGACUACCCUUUCAGUGCUUUUAUUGAUCGCCUUCCUUGGGUCACAAGUUAGUGGCUAGACAGUUAAGCCAUGCACGUCAAACUCCGAUUGCAAGAACUUUGAUGGGAAAAAUGUUGAUUCCUGCUGUUACACUUUGAGUGGAAUUUAUAUCUCUACCGGUAAUGUAAACACUCAGAAAAUGUGUGAUUACACAAGCAGCCCAACCUAUUCUAUUUACGCUACACAAUUAGGAUACAAAUCAGUCUCUGGAUCAUGCUCAAGCUCUUCUGUUCAAUUAGUGGCUUCUCUCAUUGCAGUUAUCUCAAUAGCAGUUGCUGGUUUGUUUUGA